UUUCUUUAUUCGUAUUUCUCUUCUUUCUCUUUUUCUCUCUACUUUCCUUUAUUCGUCUCUCUUUCUCACUUUUCUUUUCUUCCUCUCUUUCUCCCUCAUGUUUUUAUAAUUUCUCCCCCUACACCCCCUCUUGCGACUGCCAAGGACUUCUUCUAUGGAUCUGCUGCAAAGGGACGAUUGAAGACCUCCUUUGAUUUGCUGCAAGCUAGUUGCUGAUUCGAUCCUAUUUUUCUUUGAAGAGGGGGUUUUUUUUUUUGUCUUGAAGAUUCAAGUUGUGAGAGUUAUUUUUUAGGGAAGCCCUAGAUCUGCCAAAAAAAUAUUUGCAAGGGUCGAUCAAGGUAGCGCUUUCGAAAUCUAUAUCUGCAGCAGCACCAACAGCUCUAGGGCUAUACUCUCUUCCAGUUCACAGGUUUGGAUUUGGAAUGUGGAUGGUACUUCCAAGACUAUGGUUAGAAUGCAACUAUGAUUGGGAGAAUCAAAGAGGGAGACAUUGAUAGGGCUUUGAAGAACAACUAUGUUGUUCUCAUGAGACUUGGAUUCUUUGAUGGCAUCCUUUCACUUGUAGUGUUUAAUAUAUAGGUGGUAAGUUACCUCUUACAUGGUGCACUAAUGACUACAUAGACAAGUUGCCCCUGAAUUCCAUGUCCCUAAGGCCACUUACUAAAUUUGGCUACCUUGGAAGGACUUAUAAGUUCUUCAAUGGUGAAACCCUUUAUCCUUUUGGUUAUGGCCUCAACUACACUCGGUUCAAAUACUCAAUGGUAUCUUCUUCUCAUGCACUUCAACUGAAAUUCGGAAGGCUCCAACAUUGUCGUGAUCUCACUUAUGAGGAUGGUACUGCUAGGCCUCCUCGCCCAACAGUUGUUGUAGAUGACAUAACUUGUGGCAAAGAAUUAGACUUUGAGGUUGAUAUUCAAGUUCAAAAUGUGGGAAAUGUGGAUGGAGCCGAUAUUGUCAUCAUCUACUCAAAGCCUCUGGUAGGCAUCAAGGAAACUCAUAUCAAACAGGUCUUUGGGUUCCAAAGGGUGUUCUUGAAAGCAGGGGAGAACAAGACCUUGAAGUUUACAUUUAUUGCUUGCAAGAGCUUGAUGGUGGUGGACAAGACAGUUUAUAAGGUUUUACCGUCCAUGGAGAACAUGAUUGUGAUUGGAGAUGAAGAGCUCUUUUUACCAGUUCAAAUCAAUAUUGCCUCUUGCCAAAACUAGAUGGUUACUUAGAUUGUUUAGGUUAGCUUAAGUUCUUAUUAUUUUGUUUUCUUUUUCUCCAACUCCAGUAAUAGUUAGGAGUGGUUAUAUGUUCUUGAGUUCCUUAGUUUAGUCCUUUGUUACUACAAUACAAUAUGAUAGGACCAAACAAACCUUUUUUGUUGGGGAACAAUCUCUCCAUUUAGUAUGGUUAAGGUUGUGCACAUUAUGAUGAUAACCAAAUGUAAUUGAUCA